AUUCUGCUUCCUCGGCCUCAGCUAGGUGCCAUCGGAAGGAUUAAACAAGAAACAUAAAAACAGAGAUAGAUAAAUACGACGCAUAAACAAAUACUAAAAUUAAAAUAUUAUUCUCAAACUCCUCGAAUCCUACCUCUCCUCCCACUCCCCCACUUUCCUUUUAUUUAUCGACGCCAUCCAAACCAGAUGCCUCUGGUUCUUGCCUUCCUCCCAUUUCCAUCUCUCUUUCUUCUCCGACGAUGGACCAAAAGAACCACCCCCGCCAUCAUCCAUCUCACGGUGGCACUCACAGCUUCUCUGGGUUUCAACCAUGGGAUACUGAAAGCUUUGAUGUAAAGAAGAAAAGAAAACUACUGUUUGAGCAACUAAGUUUACCCACACCUAAGCUACCAUGUUGGGGUCCAAGUUCAAGUUCGAUUAGCUUUCCCUAUGGAGAAGAUAGCUUCAAGUUCAACAAAAAACGCCCAAAAGAAGAAGGAGAAAGCAGCCUUACAAAAAUGGCAUCCACAGAAGAGGUUCGAAUACAGGGUGAGAAAGAUGGUAUCAAAGAUAAGUUGGACCUAAACUAUGGCCAUGAGGAAGAUCUAUUGGAAUUUGGAAGCCAUGGAAAUUCCAGCAUUUAUGAGCAAUGUUGCAGUGACAGUACUCAAAAUUUGCUCCUCCCCACAGACUCCAAUCAUGACUUUUUUGUUUUGUCAUCUGGGAGAUGGAGCAUAGACCCAGAGGCAGAGUCCAAGAUUAUGUCACCAGCCAUUGAUCAAGAGUUUGAGCAAUACUUUUCUGGGGUUUUGCCAUCCCUGGAUCCCUGAUGAUUAACAUCUUGAAUCUCUAUAUCCACUUUCAAUGAAUUUGAAGUGUGCGUGUGCGUUAGCUUGUUCUUUAAGAUGAAAGAAUUUCAGCAAGUGUAAUACAAUUCAAUUCAAGUGAUGUGUGCAAAUGAGAUUCUACAGAACUGGUUUAUGCAAUCCAAUUAUUUGGUCUAACAGUUCCAAACUAA